AUGAGUCUCGAAACAGACCCACGCAUGCGCCCCGAUCUCCUCGCAGCUCUCAAACCCCUCCAGAUGGCUAUCAACGCAGACGCACCACCCAUGGACCGCAAGGACACCGCCGCCAUCGAAGCCCUGAACAAGCAGUUCAGCGAAAACAUGGUCACCCUCUACGAAACUCUCCCCAACGACCUCCCAGGCGACGAUCUCGAGGCCGCCCUCGACGAGUCCGAAAUCACCAUCGACGGCCAAGACGGCAACAAGAUCAAACUCUACAUCAGAAAGCCCAAGAACGCAUCCACUCCUCUCCCUGCGGUUCUCUACAUCCACGGCGGCGGCAUGACGAUCCUCAACACCGCCGCAAAGCACCACCUCCGCUGGAUCAAGUCCUUCGCUCUCCAAGGCGUCGUCGCCAUGGCCGUCGACUUCCGCAACGCCUGGACACUCAACGGCCGGAACCCCUUCCCCGCCGGCCUAAACGACUGCGCAGCAGCCGUCAAAUACAUCCACGCCCACAAGUCCUCGCUCGGAAUCAGCCACCUGAUCCUCCAAGGCGAGAGCGGCGGCGCAAACCUCUCCAUCGCAACGACCAUCAAAGCCAACCGCGAGGGCUGGGUCGAUGCCAUCGCGGGCAUCUACGCCCUGGUCCCUUACAUCGCCGGCCCCGAGGGUUUCGGCUGGGACGAAGCAAAGCGACUCGAAGUCCUUCCCAGCUUAGUCGAGAAUAAUGGCUACUUCCUCCAUACCAACCUCAUGGACGCCAUGGGAUACUACUACCACCCCGUGGACUCGGACUUGACGAAUCCGCUCGCGUGGCCUUAUCACGCGAAGGUGGAGGAUUUGAAGGGACUGCCACCCUUUGUCGUAUGUGUGGAUGAGUUGGACCCCUUGAGGGAUGAGGGCAAGGCGUUUUUGAAGAAGUUGAUCCAGGCGGGGGUUAGAGCGAGUGGAGAGAUGAAUUUGGGGAUUGUGCAUGGGUCGGAGAUGAUUUCGAGGAAGGCGAUUCCGGAUAUGUAUGAGAAGACUGUGAGGGGGAUUGUGGGGUUUGCGAAGGGUUUGGGGGAGAAGAGGGAGGUGGAAGGGUUGAAGAUUUGA